AUGGGAUUUGUUAAUAUGAAAUUCACUGUUGACAGGAAGAUUGCAGCUGAGUACUUUACAGGUGUUAAAAAGGCAGAAAUAGCACUAAUGGAGGCCAUAUUUGAAAGCUUAGGCAUGGAAAGGGAUUCCAUAGACAAAACAUUAAGCAAGCACGGACAAUAUGUCUCUGUGAAUUACUAUCCAAGAUGUGAAAAGUCAGAGCUAGGGGUUACUUUUGGCUUGCGUAUUCAUACUGACGCUUCUAUAAUCACAACGCUACUCCUAGAUGACGUACCUGGGCUAGAAGUUUUACAAAAUGACGAGUGGAUAGCCAUCAAGCCUGUUCCAAACACCUUGCUUGUUGAAGUUGGUGACCUCCUAGAGGCACUCAGCAAUUGUCGAUACAAGAGUUUGGUCCAUCGAGUUAUGGUGAAUCCAGAGAAAGAACGAAUAUCCAUUGCCACAAAUUGUCAUCCAUCAAAUGAUACUUCAGUUGGACCUCCUAAGGAAUUGAUUGAUAAAGAUAGUAAUCCAGCAAUCUAUAGAAAUUUCACCUACAAAGAGUUCUUAUCUGCAAUGUGGCUAGAAGGAAGUGCAAAUGGUAGUCGCUUGGACUCCUUCAAGAUUAAUUCUACUGCUUGA